CGGGGAGGAGGGGGCCGCUGCUCGGUGUCUUGGAAGCUUUGGGUGAGGAGAGGAGGAGGAGGGGGGAGGAGGAGCGGAGAAUGAGCUAUUCCUGUACCGGCAGAGGCAACAGCCAGGACCCAUCAAGCGCUAAGAAGCCUGCCGGCGGUAAUCCGGGCAGAGACGCCGGAGGCACCGACCGCGGAGCAGACGGCACGAGCGACGGCAGCGGCAGCGGCAGCGGCAGCCCCCAGCGACCGGCGGCGAUGAAAGUCAAGAAAGGCUGCAACUCCGCCGAGGUGGGCGUCCCGGUGACCACCGAGGAGGACCUGCUGGCCAGCGCGGUCAUCUCCCCGGAGGACGUCCUGGGCUUGCAGAAGAUCACCGACAAUUAUCUCUGCACCCCGAGUGAGAACAUCUACAACAUCGACUUCACCCGCUUCAAGAUCAGAGACAUGGAGACCGGCACGGUGCUGUUCGAAAUCACCAAGCCUCCGUCUACAGACAAAGCAGGAGACAAGCGGGACAUGGACCCGAACGCCGGCCGCUUCGUCCGCUACCAGUUCACUCCGGCGUUUCUCAGACUGCGGCAGGUCGGCGCCACGGUGGAGUUCACGGUGGGAGACAUGCCCAUAGAGAACUUCCGGAUGAUCGAGAGACAUUACUUCAGAGAGAAGCUGCUCAAGAGCUUCGACUUCGAGUUCGGCUUCUGCAUGCCCAGCAGCAAGAACACCUGCGAGCACAUCUACGAGUUCCCGCCGCUGUCUGAGGACAUCAUCAGAGAGAUGGUCCUGCAUCCCUACGAGACGCAGUCCGACAGCUUCUACUUUGUGGACAAUAAGCUGGUGAUGCACAACAAAGCAGACUACUCCUACAACGGCGGCACGUAGAGGUGGAGGCGGCGGCGGCGGCGGCGGCGGCGGCAGGAGGCGGGCGCAUCAAAGGACUGAC